AUGUCUUCAGAAGGAGCAACUCCAGUGCUGGGACUGGAUAUGACCAUGAAUCCUGGUGCCUCCAUGUCUCCUUUCACUGCACUGCCCUUUCCCCCACACACUCCCAGACGCCCACCCCGAGAACACAGGGAGCAGCACCCACUGCCCCUCAUGACUUCAUCAUAUCCUCCAGGGACCCCUCUGGGGCUCUUUGCUUUCCCCAGGACACUCCUGGCACCAAGCAUUGGGGAUUCUGGCCCCAGUGGGACUAGGGCUGGAAAGGUCAUUGUUCAAGUGAGGACAGAAGGGAGUUCAGCAGAGCUCCCUGGAAUUCAGACCUUUGUCAUGGCACAGACCCCACUUAAUUGGAGUGCUCCAGGGGCUCCCAGUGGGGCAGUUGAGCAUGCCCCACCCCCUUUCAGGGAAGCCUCUGCUGUGAUCCCUGCUACUUCUGUUGUGGGUACUCUGGCUUGCAGGAGAGGCUGCUCCCCAGCUCUUUCUCUUCAAGCUCCACCACCAGUUGCCCAGCUGGCCUCCAUUUUCCCCCAAGUGAAGGCUUGGUCAGGCCAACAUGCUUCUUCUGGGGAGGGAAGCCGGGCCGCCACACAAUCCAGGCCUUCGCUGGAUGACUCCUCCUGUAAUCCCCAGGGUGUUUACCAGAACUACCAACGUUGGCAAUGCUUCAAGUCUCUGGCCGGGAGGCACCAUCCCCAAAGCCCUGAUACAGAAGCUCUUUCCUGCUUUCUCAUCCCAGUCCUCCGAUCCCUGGCUAGGCUGAAGCCCACCAUGACCCUGGAGGAGGGACUCUGGCGGUCUGUACAGGAAUGGCAGCGCAAAAGCAAUUUUGACCAGAUGAUCUUCUAUGAGAUGGCAGAAAAGUGAUUCAUGGAGUUUGAGGCAGAGGAGGAUUUAGAGAUUCAGAUGUUGCAGCAGAGGAAUGCAUCUGUCUGCCUGCCUCCUCCAGCUCCACGCAAUCUUGAUCCUCACGGGCCUUCAUCCACUGUGGUUGGCCAGCGUCCAGUGUUCAUUCCAAAGAUGGGAGGUUGCAUGGCACAGCCCCCUAAGCAACAUCAUCACAGACCCGAGCACCCUUGGGAGCCCAAGCGGUCCCAUGAAAUCCCUCCUGAAGCCAUCAAAGAGUAUGUUGAGAUCAUGGAAGAUGUCCUUGGAACUGCCCAUUCAGCCACUGUGGAGCCAAAUGGGAAAUGUGAAGAAAAAGAAACUGAGGAACAACAGGAAGAGAAUGAGCUGUACCCAGACCUGGGACUCCUGAGCUACACUGACAAGCUGUGUACACAGGAAGGAUUUAUCACCAAGGUGGAAGCAGUUAUUCACCCUCAGUUCCUGGAAAUGUUACUAUCACCAGAAUCACAGGUGGAUACCAUGUCCUUAAGGCAGGAGCUGGAGGAAGAGGAAGGACUCACUCUCACUCAGAAACCUCUCCUAUUACUGAAACACCUGGGAAAGGAGAAGGGUCCAGUGAAGAAGAAGAGGAAGAGGAGGAACUCCCCAGCCUUGAGUUCCUCUUGGCAUCUCAAGAAAGCGUACUGCCCUGGAGUCUUUCCAAGAGUCCUCUGCCUGUCUCCAGCAUUCUGCACCAUGGAGUUCGGGGUACCUGGGGAGCAUCCCAGCCCCAAUCUGCGGAGACGAAAGAUGCUGGACAACAGAUCUAAAAUGAUCCUGAGCACACCCAGGGAUUUUCCUGUGUGGUUUAUUUGA